AUGUCACAUGUCAGUGUGGCUUUAGGUUCCAGAAAGGGAAGUCGCGGCAAGGGAAAAGGCAAGCGGAGGAGCACUGGCAGUGAGUCUCGUGGCGCAGAUUCAUCCAAUUGGCGUGUGCGUGAGCAACCGGAGUCAGGUGGUGCAGAUUCAUCCACUUGGCGGGCAGUACGUGAGCCCGAAGUGGAGGCCUCGGCACCCGCAACGGAGUCCCAACAAGGAGGCGAAGGUGAUAGAAAAAGACAACCAGGUGGAAAAGGAAAAGGGAAAGGCAAGAGCAAACACAAAAACAAAGAAAGAAAUGACGGUGAUGAGGGAUUCAAAGAUCAAAGCAAAGACACCAAGAAUCCCAGCCAGGUGCGCAAGGAGCGAAAAGCACCAGAACUGUCACGGAUGCAAACUCCAGAGUAUGGCUCCGUCACAGAGAGGCUUGCAGAUCAACUGUCCCGAGGAACUUAUGACUGCAUGAUUUGCCUCAACAAGGUGAAGCCUAGCCACCAAAUCUGGCCAUGUGACCAGUGUUGGGCAGUGUUUCACUUAAAGUGCAUCAAGAGUUGGAUUCAGCGUUGCAACAGCGCUGGUGGUCUUGAGUUCGACUGGGCAUGCCCAGGCUGCCGAUACCAUCGUGUGGAUCUGAUGCCGAAGUACAGCUGCUAUUGUAAGAAGUUGGAUGAGCCAGAGUUGAAUCCGCACUGGUUGGCCCAUAGCUGUGGCGAUGUUUGCGAGAAGGAUAGAGGAUGUCCACAUAAGUGUCCUGAGUUGUGUCAUCCGGGGCCCUGCCCUAGAUGCACGGCAGUCGGUGGUCCGGGCCGCUGUCACUGCGGCAAAGAAUCCUCAGAGACGACAAGGUGUGGUGACCCAAAGCAAUGGUCCUGUGGUGCACCUUGUGGGCGAACCCUGAGCUGCAGUCUGCAUUCUUGCAAAGCCAGGUGUCACCAAGGGCCGUGUCCGCCUUGUGCCGAGACGUCUCAAGAAAGCUGCUACUGUGGAAAAACUGAGGAGAUGCGCCUCUGUGGGCAGUCCGAGUUCUCCUGCCGCAAGCCUUGUGGCAAGUUGUUGGACUGCAAGGAGCAUUUCUGUGAACGAGAGUGCCACCCUGGUGACUGCGGCACGUGCCUCCGCGAUCCCGUGAGAUGGGGUGACCGUUGUGCUUGUGGCAAGACCUACAACUGCAGUCACGAGUCAGCCCGCGCUCGUUUGCGUCGCUUUGCCCGCUCCCUUGAGAACAACUUGACAAAUCAGAAAGUUAUCUUUCCAAAUGCCAGACAGUCUCUCCUACGAAUUUGCAGACUUCGUCAUUCUACCUUGAUCGACGACCUAGGUUGGCGUUCGCAAGAGGUGCCUUGCCCGAGCCUGCUUUACACUGCGCAUGAAUGUGCACUUGGCACAACCAAAAGAUCUCCAUGCCAGCCUGAUAUCUGCAUCUUGAGUGUGAUCACUUCUCUCUCCAAUGGUGUCUGUUCGUCUUCUGGCUCAGCAAGAACGGGAGUGCGUGCGGCCCUCUGCCGGGCAGGGCCAGUACUUCUGUGGGCGAUUUUGAUGGCAGAUGGCAGAGAGUUCUACGGACUUGAGCUGUUUGAAGAGACUCAGGUACAACAUGCAGUACAACAGGAGAGUGUCCCAACAUGUCCCAACCAUCUCCUUCCGUUCCUUCCCCCCUUGGUCUCCACCUCGCUCAACGCCCUCAUUGACAAGUGCAUUGGUUCGCGGAUUUGGGUCAUCAUGAAAGGUGAUAAAGAGAUAGUGGGAACCUUGCGCGGUUUUGAUGACUAUGUGAACAUGGUCAUGGAUGAUGUUCGAGAGUAUACCUUCACCCCGCAGGGGAAGAAGAUCACACAUUUGGAAUCGAUAUUGCUGAAUGGCAACAACAUCACCAUGAUGAUUCCUGGUGGCGACCCUGAGGAGGGUGACAAGGGUGCUGCUUGA